CAAGCCGGAGAGCAUAGUAAAAUCAAACAAAACAAAACAAACCCACUUUGGAAUUUCCCUUCUCUUCUGCGAAAGAACAGAACACAGUCUUUCUUGUCUUCCAUGGGAGACAACCCAGACCCAUAAAUCCCAGAACCCACAAUCCAAAAAAGAAAAAGGAAAGCUUUCUUUGCUGUCUUUCAUGGCGGAUUCCAAUUCCACCAGUACCAGUAGCCGCAGAAUCAGCAAUAGCAAUAGCAAUAGCAGCAAUGGAACAUCAUCAAUCGCGAGCUUAUCCCAAGACCAUCUCUUGACAAUCCUUCGUCUCUUACCUGUUGAUUCGAUUCUCUCCUUCUCCAUGGCCUGCAAGAAGUUUAAAUCUAUAGCUUCUUCAGACGCUCUCUGGGAAUCCAUUUGCAGAAGGGACUGGGGACCCACUUCAGUUGAUGCUCUUCGUCAUCAUCAUCGUAAUCGAAAUCAUCAGAUUCAGAUUCCAUGGAUGAAGCUGUACACGCAAGUCUCUAAGAUGGACUCUGUUUCUUGCUAUAAACUCUCAGACCCAACGAUAACACUAACACCCUCUCAAAUGGAUUUAAUGGCUUAUCCACAGUCCAGAGCUUCUCAUUCUCUCAAUUUUGUCUCUGAUUGUUUGGUCUUGUUUGGUGGUGGCUAUGAGGGAGGACGUCAUCUUGAUGACACGUGGGUGGCAUACAUUGGUAAUGAUUGUCAGAGGAUGUUGAAGUGGCAGAAGGUUGGCUCAGGAAUUCCAAGUGGGAGAUUUGGACACACAUGCGUUGAAAUUGGUGGUGCUCUAGUUCUAUUUGGAGGAAUUGAUGAUCAUGGUAGCCGUUUAAAUGAUACAUGGGUGGGACAAUUAGCACGCCAUGAGACGCUUGGUAUCACAUUGUCAUGGAAGCCGAUCGAUGUGGGACCCAUCACCCCACCCCACCGGGGGGCUCAUGGAGCUUGCUGCAUAGGCAAUACAAAGAUGGUUAUUCACGGAGGGAUUGGGCUAAAUGGAAUCAGAUUGGGUGACACGUGGGUUUUAGAAUUCUCUGAAAACUUUUGUUUUGGAAUGUGGUAUGAAAUAGUGACACAUCCAUCUCCUCCAGCUCGUUCAGGACACACAUUGACAUGCAUUGGCGAAUUUCGAACUGUUCUUUUUGGAGGCAGGGGAUCCGAGUAUGAAGUUCUCAAUGAUAUCUGGCUGUUGGACUAUCACGAGGAUCGCUUUAAGUGGGUGCAAAUACUAUAUGAACUACAAAACAUUCCUGAAGGAGUUUCCCUCCCACGGGUUGGUCACUCAGCUACUCGCAUAUUGGGGGGUCGUGUGCUAAUUUACGGAGGGGAAGAUUCAUCCAGACACCGCAAAGAUGACUUUUGGUUAUUAGACUUGAGUGUAGUUCCAUCCAUUAGAGUGCAGCCAGCUAAACUGAACUCUAAGCAACUGGUGGCAAAGAUGUGGAAAGGGUUGAAGGCAAAAGGUUAUAAACCCAAGUGCCGAUCUUUCCAUCGUGCCUGUGCUGAUUGCUCUGGGCAGUAUUUGUACGUCUUUGGAGGAAUGGUGGAUGGUUUGCUUCAGCCUGCUGAGCCUUCUGGGUUAAGGUUUGAUGGGGAGCUAUUUCUAGUGGACCUUGUGCUUCAGAUGUAAAAAGGAAUAGGAUUUGUGUGCUUAUAAUUAGAUGGGUUGUAUACAUGCAUACUAUCCAAUGAUAAUGAUGCGGUCUUGUACAAAGUGUAGCUGUAUCUUUUUUACAAAGUAGUUUGAUUGCCUUGCUAAGGCUGAACAGCAGGUUGUUAGAUAAGCUAAUGAAGAUGAUAAAAGCAAAGUCCAUUGUUGGGAGGA